GCUCUCGGUUUCGCCCGCCGAGUCCUCAUAACCGCAACAGAUGACUCGUGCUGCCCAACGUCUCCUAGCCAUACAAAGUGCACUCACAAACAUUUCUGUUAGUGAUGACCAGAAGGUGGACAACUUCAUUUUGCCAGAUGGUGCGGUCAUGACCGCCAAGGCAGACUCUGUAUCCCCGACGAAUUCCAUUCACAUCGAUGGAUUGAUUGUGUGCGAGUAUCAUUUACUCGAUCGGACCGCACAGCUCGUCAUUUCAGCUGUCGGUACGCAGUUCGAAAACACCGCAUCACAUGUACCAAGCUUUCAGGUCAUUGAGAUCCUUCCUUCCUCCCAGGUCGGCUCGCCACAGACAUCUAGAAACGACAUAUCCGUAAAAGAUACGUGGGCGACUGUGUACGCACUCUUCACGCUGUACCACGACCAAGAGAUCAUCCCGGUUGUCCUAUCUCAGGAAAUCAAUAAUAGCGAGGAGCUACGUUCGUAUUUACUUCGAUCCGGCCUCGGGCGUACGGCGCAUGCGCCUACAGCUUCAAAGGAGGAAAUAUACUUGCACAGAGCCACGUUCUGGCAGGGUGCGGGAACACAAGGAUAUCAUAAUCGCGGUUGGCUACCUCCAUCGUCAUUUUCAGUUGCGCCUUUUCCCUUGAUCCCGUCAUUCACCCGCACACCCAUUGUCAUUUCCGGGCACCCCCUUCGUCCACCAAAGCCUCAACCAGGAGAAACGCUAUUUAGGCGAUUUUGUCCAUCCAUAGGGGAGACUCUAGAGUUCACGUACUUCGAUCUCCGCAGCGGAUCGAAUACUUCAGAGCAUCUAGACACCUUCCAUCGUUGGCAUAAUUCAGAACGAGUGAACAAGGCGUGGGGAGAACGCGGCUCGCUGGAGAAACACAGAGCAUAUAUCACGGAAAUAAUGAACGACCCUGGUGUUCUGCCUGUAAUAAUGAGCUGGAACGGCGAGCCCAUGGGGUAUGCGGAGAUUACCUAUCUAAAGGAAAAUCACGUGGCGCCCUACAUUCCUGGUGGUCCUGGAGACUGGGACAGGAGCCUCCACGUCCUUGUCGGAGAGGAUAAAUUCCGUGGUACUGUGCGAACCAAUCUGUGGCAUCGUGCUCUGAUACAUUACUGCUUCUUGGCGGACCCCCGCACCGAAAGUGUGAUGGGUGAGCCCAAAGCUGAUAAUCCCUCAAUCAUCAAAGUGGAUUUUGACUCUGCCAUGCAUAUUAGAACAAUUUUUGAUUUUCCCUAUAAACGCUCUGCACUCUUCUGCGUUCCCAGAUACCGUUUCUUCAGGCUGGACUUGCUGUGACAAUGAUAUGCUUGUUGGAGAACAAAUACCCUGUAGAUAGCGCAAACUGGAGUGAAUAGACAGGAUACACAAUGUUUCUUCAUGCUGAAGCGCUGAUCGUGGAAAUGUCACUCAUGUGACAGGAUUCAUUACAUG